AAUGCGCAGCAAAAAUCCAGUUUAAUUGAAUAACACAAUUUGUGAAGCAAAGACGUACUUAUACGCGCUAUAAAGGCGAGUUGCAUAUCUGUAAAAGCUAAAAAUAUCUCAACAAAAAAUUUUCUUACAAAAAGUAUUACACACCCCCGAAAAAACGGAGUUUUUACAAAGAAGCAGUCAAAACUAAUAAAGGAAGUUAACAACUAAAAUCCAUCAAGAUCUCAUUUGUAAUUUUGUGAGCUGCUUUAAUCUUUACUUAAAAAAAAAAAUGUCUGAGGCUUACUUUGAUGAAUACGAGCACUACAAUUUCGACCACGAUAAGCAUAUCUUUUCGGGCCGCAGCGGCAAGCAACGUAGCAAGAAGGAGGCCAGUGAGCACACCAACCACUUUGAUCCUAAUGGACAUUCACGCAAAUUAGUAACCAAAUUUAUGAAUACCAACAACAAUCGAAAAACGUGUGCCGCCAAAAACUGAGUGUUGGUCCUAAGUAAAGUAGUGCAGCAGCAGCAGCAACAGCAGCAGCAGCAGCAGCAGCAUAAGAAGCAGGAGUACAAAUGCGUUACGAUAAGUGAGCUAAAAAUUAAGAAAAAUUAUAAGAAUUAAAAAUUGAAUUGGUGACAAAGAACGGGAGUAGCAGGAGCAUUGAAUUGUACUUAUUGAUUGAGUGGAAAAGGUAAAGAAAAGCAUAUUUUUUUGUUGGAUAACAGCGCAGCAGGAUAACGAGUUUUCGUCGAGUUUUUUUGUUGAGCUGAGCGAAAGCAGAAAGUACACAGAGCAGCGCGGGGAGUAUUGACGGCGUGCUGCAGUAGUGACAGCAGCCAACAACUUGCAGAAACUGCCAUUUUUUGUGUGCAGCGUAUGCAGGUUGCACGGCUGUCGUCUACUGCACUCCACAGCAUAUAUAAGAGCGGAAACAAAAAAAAAAUAAAGAUGUUAUGCAAAUUGCCAAUAUUAAAUGUG